GUACAGGAAGUCACAGAAGGGAGACCACAACCCAGACCAUAGUUUUUUUUUUCUUUUUUUGUCAGCGGACAAAGGCUGUUAGCAACAAGCGGACGCAUCUGAAGUCAUUUCCUGAUAUAUUUUAUAGGACACAGAUCUAAGUAACAGAUAUAAAUAGCACAUUCUGUGAAGGUGGACAUUGUCACUCUCAAAGUCUUCAUUUCGCCUGUCCACUCCGAGACUCAGCCAUGAAGAACUACAAGCUUACCGUCACCUGCAUCCUUCUCUUCACACUUUGCACCGCGGUGAUGAGUCAAUAUGGUUACUUUCCCAAAAAAUGUUGUUUCCGUUACUACAACAAACCUAUACCUGUGGGCCGUGUUAGAAAAAUUGUGCGGACUUCCCCAGAAUGCAUCAACCCAGGUUAUCUGGUCAUAACAAAGAAACGAGGAGCAUCCCUGUGUGUCCAACCAGGCAGGCCGGAGGUCGUCAAACUGAUUAGCAAAUUCUACCUCGUCUAAGCUUUCAGCUCUUGAAAUAAAAUCAGCUCAAUCCAUCCGCCUAACAAAUAGUGUUACUAAGCUUCUUCUGGGGAUAUACUCAGGAAAUGUACGUUAUGGUUUUUGACCAGUCAUAAGUGGAAUUAUUUUUUGCCUUUUGUUCAUUAUUCUUUCUUUCUUUCUUUCUUUCUUUCUUUAUGUUAUUGUAACAUUUGUAACCACAAUUUCUUUCAAUAAAUACAAGAUGACCAACA